CUUAUAAUAGCUCAAACUUUUUAGUCUCUUCACCACAACGUAUGGAAAGCCGAUCCAUCUGUCAAAUGGAUAGGAAUAUGAGAACUUUUCUUAUUACACACCGAGAUAAAACUGGAUCAAUAAAUACUUUGCUCGAUACAGAAUCAUAA